GGCCUCAGCCGGGACAUUGGGCCCGGCCCGGCGGGCCGCGGAGCGGCGGCGAGAGGGGGCGCUGCGGAGCCGGGCGGGCGCGGCGCGGAGGAAGUGCGGUCUUCGCGGCUCGGCGCGGGGUCGCAAUGUCGUCCCGGCUCGGGCGCGACGACUCGGGGACCGGGGGCGCGCGGCGGCCGCAGGAGCCUCCGGGGCAGGAGCUGCAGCGACGCCGGGAGCAGAGGCGGCGGCGGCACGACGCGCAGCAGCUGCAGCAGCUCAAGCACCUGGAGUCCUUUUAUGAAAAACCUCCUCCUGGACUUAUCAAGGAAGAUGAGACUAAGCCAGAAGACUGUAUACCAGAUGUCCCAGGCAACGAACAUGCCAGGGAAUUUCUGGCCCAUGCACCAACCAAAGGACUUUGGAUGCCACUGGGGAAAGAAGUCAAAGUCAUGCAGUGUUGGCGCUGUAAACGAUAUGGUCACCGAACAGGCGACAAAGAAUGCCCUUUUUUUAUCACAGGCAACCAAAAGUUAGAACAGUUCAAAGUAGCACAUGAAGAUCCCAUGUAUGACAUCAUACGAGAGAAUAAAAGACAUGAAAAGUAUGUAAGGAUACAACAGUUAAAACAGUUACUGGAGGAUUCAACAUCAGAUGAAGAUGGGAACAGCUCCAGUUCCUCAGAAUGUAAAGAGAAACACAAGAAAAAGAAGAAGAAAGAGAAGCAUAAGAAAAAGAAGAAAGAAAAGAAAAAGAAGAAAAAACGAAAGCAUAAGUCUUCCAAGUCAAAUGAGAGUUCAGACUCAGAAUGACAAGAGCUUGACUUGUUCAACAUUCUCUUCUCAAAAAUCAAACACUGUGGCCAAAGAUCAGAGGAAUGUGGAAUCAGAGAGGAAUAGGAGAGAGAGACACCAAGAGAGGAGGAGAUUUAGUGUCACAGGUGUGAAAUCUCACCUACCUUCCAGUAAAGAUAUGACCCCGAGGAGAGUGACUGUAUCUUGCCAGGUGCUAGCUCUGGACAGUGGAUGACUUCAGGCUGGAAAGCUUUUCUCAUUGUUCUCCUCCCUGCUGAUCACUGUGGGUCCUGAUUCCUUAGAAAUGCCUCUGGCAGGGUGGCCAGACUAAGGGAAUCUCUGAGGAAGCUCCUCCAGGUGCUGCCGCAGCCUCCACCCUCCAUGGUGGGGCUACUUAAUGCCCUUAGAUUUCAGGCUUGACUUUCCUCUGUCACUGAGGAUAAAAGCUCAUUACUUUAUUUAUUUUAAAAAAUCAUUUAUUUUUGAAUCAUAAUAAUAUAUGGUCCAAAUUUAAAAGGUAUAUAAGGGGAAUUCCUUGGCUGUCCAGUGGUUAGGACUCUGCCCUUUCACUUCCGUGGCCCGGGUUCAAUCCCUGGUCAGGGAACUGAGAUCCUACAAGCCGCGAGGUAUGGUCAAAAAAUAUAUAUAAAAGGUAUAUAAGAUUUAAUCAUGAAAAACUUUUCUCUUCUCUUCCCCAGUUACUGAGUUCCCUUUCCCAAUGACUAUCCAUUUUACCAGUUUCUUGUGAAGUCAUACAGAAAUGUUUUGUGUAUCACAAGCAAAUGUUUUUUCUCUUUUUUUAACACAAAUACUAGCAUACCACACACAUUUGUCUGCAUUGUUUUUUUCUUUUUUUUUUUGCGGUACGCGGGCCUCUCACUGUUGUGGCCUCUCCCGUUGCGGAGCACAGGCUCCGGACGCGCAGGCUUAGCGGCCAUGGCUCACCAGCCUAGCCGCUCCGCGGCAUGUGGGAUCUUCCUGGACCGGGGCACAAACCCGUGUCCCCUGCAUCGGCAGCGGGACUCUCAACCACUGCGGCACCAGGGAAGCCCUGUUUUUUUCAUUUUUUAAAUCAACAGUGUAAAAUAUGUUGGUCUUUGCUGCACACAGAAGUCUUGAGUUCAUAAAUCCCUGUUAUGCUUGGUUGAGUUUUUUAGGGGUAAAGGCUAUCCCAUAAUAACAAUGAACAAUCAUGUCUUUAUCUUCCUUAGCACUUACUGCCAUUGUCCCAUGAUUAUUAUUAUUCCCAGAAUAACUGAUUCAGAAAACUUACAAGGAUAUAGGAAUUACUGUACUGGUCAGCUACCCACAUCCCAAAAUAUAUCCUCAUCCUGUUGGCUAAGCACAGCCUACACGAGAACUUCUGGCUUUGACUGCUGCAGCUGAGGCAGCUCAGCAGGUUGGGAUGGUACCUGCAGCUAGGAGAGGGCGUCUGUUCUUGCUGAGCCAAAGUGGAGCCAGACUUUGCUCAUGAGCAAGUGUCCUUCCCUCUCCACUAGAGUCUCUUGCUGUUUUCAUCACUCAGGGUCCCAGGACCUCACUGUUCCCACUUCCUGCCUUUUUUUCCUAGGGAUUGGAUUCCCCCCUCUUUAAAGAAUAACGGAUGUGGGCCAGUCUGACUCCUUCCCAAUUCUCCUCAGUAACUGCUCCUAGUCUUGGCCUUGGAAAGUUUAUCUCAAUAACACAAUUGGCUGGAAUGGCCCAGGACUUGCUCUUCCUGAAAACCGUAAGUCCAGUUAAUUCAAGCAGUGCCUUACACUUAUUCUUGGCAUUUCUAGCUCAGCAUGUAGCAGAAAAUUCUCCUUCCAGGAAUUUUCUUUCUCCUGCUAGAGUCCCAUUCAUGAUAAACAUAUUCUAUUAUAAUGUGGAAGAAUAAUAUCAAUGAUUCUUGAGCUUAUGGUGCAUCAAAAUGACCUGGAGUGCUUGUUAAAACAGAUUCCCAUGCUGUACUCCUAGUUUCAGAAUUUCUGAUUUAUUGUACUAAUUCUGGAAUGGACUGUGGAAUUUGCAUUUCUAACAAGUUCCCAAAUGAUGCUGAUGCUGUCAGUUUGGGGACCAGAUUUGAAGAACCGCUGAUCUAAAUGUUUAACCUCUUACUAAAGCCUUUCUCCACUUUCUGCUUUAACGGGAAUCUCUCCAUCCACUGUAGCCCCUGCAAGUUAAUUCCCAUCCCUUCUCCCUCACUCCAGGUUUCUCUGUCUUCUAUUUCCGGCCUACAUUCUGUGGUCCAUCAGUUAAGCCUGUUAUCUCCCUUGACCUGUGGUUUUUCUGCCCAGCUUACCCAAAAGAACCUCAAACCAAACUCCUCCUCCUCUGUUCUGAUUCCCAGACUGCUGAGCCCAUAAAGCUGUCAGUCAAAUUCCUUCAUCCUGAAACCUCUUUCCUCAAACUCAGUACUCUCUACUAUUAAGGAAGUCAAAAGAAGCCACCAGACCUCCCUUUACCAAGGUAUCUUAUCAGCCUGCCGUCAUGGUUGUGGUAGGCAAAAUUGUAAAACAGCCGCCCCAAGGUUUCCUACCCAAACCUAUAGAACUGUUACUUUAAGGGAUUUUACUCCCAUGAUUAGAUUAUGUUAAAAGAUAGUUUGGCCUUUUAAGGGUGACUGUUUGGGUGAUCUGAACCAAAUCACAUGAGAUUUUUCUAAUUGUUUUAUUUAUUUUUGGCUGCGUUGGGUCUUUGUUGCUGUGUGUGGGCUUUCUCUAGUUGUGGCGAGCGGGGGCUACUCUUAGUUGCGGUGCCCUGGCUUCUCUUGUUGUGGAGCACAGGCUCUAGGCGUGCGGGCUUCAGUAGUUGUGGCAUGUGGGCUCAGUUGUGGCUUGCAGGCUCUAGAGCUCAGGCUCAGUAGUUGUGGCACACGGGCUUAGUUGCGCCACGGCACUUGGGAUCUUCCUGGACAAGGACUCGAACCUGUGUCCCCUGCAUUGGCAGGCAGAUUCUUAACCACUGUGCCACCAGGGAUGCCCUCACAUGAAAAUUUUAAAACCAGAGUUUUUUUUUCUGGCAGGUAGCAAAGUAUGGCAGUGGUUCCCAUAGAGGUUUCUGCUCUAGUAAGUUUUGACUCUGUAUCUGCCCAUCUCUCCAAUUUUUGGGUCAACGGUUUGCCCUGUGACCUCAAUUCUCUGACAGAUUUAAGAAGAUUUGAUGAUUAGUUUGUUUGGCUUUUUACUUGUUAGGACAGAGUGAAGACUUCUAAUCUCUUUACAUGCCAGACCAGAGAUCGGAAGUCGAUGGAUAUUGCUUUAAGCCACUACGUUUGUGGUAAUUAGUUCCUGCCCACAUCUGGAAAAUUCGUGAGGGCAGAGACCAUCUUGUUUCAUGUUGUAGCCUCACCUUCUAACACAAUGUGUCAUGCAUGGUGGUGUUCAAUGGGAAUUCAUUUAAAGUAUAGUUACAUUUUCCAUUUGGAGCAUGAUUUGGAAGUUGUAGUGGAUGCUGUAUUGUGCCACUUGUAUUUGCCUCCUAACCCCUAUGCCUGACUUCAGGACUGAAGUAUUUAUUCUCCCAACUGCUGGUUAACAGCUGACUUCAGUUAACAGUUGCAAAUGACCUCCACUUUCCAGGGAUUAGUUGUUCUUUCUUGAAGAGAGCUACCCUAUCCAAGGCCAUGCCUCAUUUCCAGGGGCAUCCUGCAUCACAGUGACUGGUCUAUGCAGGGGUGUAAGAUGUAGCCUCUUGCCCCAACUAGGACAAUUCUGCAGGGUCAUUACAGCUCAUGAGCUCUCAGUGGGAUUGGCCAAGGCCUUUGUUAUGCCUGCAUCACACCCAAACUCCUGCUUAAUCAUGCUUUCUUUGUCCCCUCAGAGAUGUUAUUCCCUAAAGCACUCCCCAUUAAACUUCUUGCACCCAGAUCUCCAUCUCAGAGUCUGGUCCUAAGGAACUCAACCUGCCACAGAGGUAAGAUGGCAGGGAAGAAGAAGGGUAGGUGUGGUCAGGAAUUAUCAUUCAUUUUAGACUCCAUUUUCCAAAUUUAUACUUGGCUUUUCAUCUCCCCUCUAGGAUAAAGGCGAGACUUUGGGAAGGAUUACGGAACAGGAAGAUGUUCAUUGGUACUCUCCUCUGUCUUUGUGCUUCCUCUUCCAUAUACUGGUAUUAUCAGUUUCCCCACCUUCUAGGGUCCAACCCACAAGGCCCAAUUUGUUAAUCUAAUUAACACUAAGCCAUUCAUUCACAAAUACCUGAAUAUAUAUGAUGUCCCAGGAUCUAUACUCUUCCAUGGGGAUACUGCAUUGGCUACACUAAUCCAUGGCCCUAAGGAAAGAAUACAUGGUCUCCUUUGAUGAGGGUAAGAAUGUCACAAGUCUCAUCUGUCAUGUCAUGAAAUGGGCUAUGAAAGUUAAGACACAGGUGCUACUGGAACACAUAGGGGUGUCACAUAAUCCAGCCUUGGGUGGGGAUAGGAGUGAGAGGUGUUUUCCUGGAGUAUCUAAACAAAAUCUUUAAGUAGGGGUUAGAUAAAGUCAUAGGUCUCAUAAGACCAGCCUUGGAAACACUAUCAUCUUUUGCUUCUCAUCUGAAAAAAUGUAGCACUUAAUCACUUUUUACCAUCUCCUUAAUCCAUUUUGAGGGAUACUUGGUUAAUACAGGAGUUAAAGGACAUUUUUCUAUAGGACAUUUUCAUCACAGGGUUACUUAGAAGCAGCACUGAGUGGACACAUUGAUAUGUAUCAAAAUACUGUCCAUACUAUCACCCAGAAAGCCUUUCUUGGAGGCACCCCCAUCCUGUCACAUACACUCUGUUCUUUCAAAUAACCAUGGGAGAGCCUCCAAUCACAUAAAAAUCUUUUUAGCACAUAGUCACAGACCUAACCUGCACCAUUUAUUGGGAGAUUGGUUCUACAAAUUGACCACCUAGGUCCUAGGUUCUUAGUAGAAAGAUCUUUUAUUUCCUAAAGCUUCCUUUAUUCCUAAGGAGUUGAACGCAUAAAACAUACGAUUCUACAGGCCACUACUGGAAAUAUCCAUCAGUGGAGCUACUAUGUUCCUGGCCUCCAUUUAUAAACAAUGAUUUGGCAUCCUUUCUGUCGUCAAGAUGGUUCCUCUUUGUGGGGAAUGCUUAAUCUUUUUAUUUUGUCCUUAAACCCACCAUCCUUUUCUCCUUAUCUAAAGGUCAUUGGAGAUGACAAGACAAAACUAUUCAUGACAGCUAGUGCUGUCGUGAGUGAUGUGGCCAUUAUGAGAGGAGAAGAAAAUGCUUAAGAAUCACACACUUUUGCAAUUCAGUUUAUUUGCUGUUUUACAACUUAUAUUUCCAAAGGCUUUACAAUGUCACAUUUUCUUGUUUUUUGAUACAAUGCUUUAAUAGUUCAGUCAAGAGAGAUAUCAUAUGAUGCAAUAUUUAGCUCUUCCUUGACACUGGAACUCAGCAAUUUAUUUCCUAUGAAAUAAUAAUGGAAUACAUUUCCUUAAAUUGGUGUGUAACAGACUCAAGAUGUUAUACAGAGAAUCAUUACCAAUAUCUUUAGUUUCCAUUUUUAGGAUAAAGCCAAAGGUCUUGACAUUUUGCCUGAGCUUAGUUAUCAGUCUUCCCUUUAUGACCACUGCAGGGCAGAAAUGGCCUUUAAGGGGCCAUCAAGCCACUGCUCCAGGACCAGGGGUUGAGGUGAGGUAGGGUUACCCAAUGCCAAGACUCUGUGUAGGGAAGCCUGUCAAGCUACUGCCCCUUAAGGGAGAUGCUAAGCUUCCAGUACCCAGCUCUAAGCUGGGACACUAAGAGUGAAACUGCCAGGAUCACUUACAAAAUCCCAUUUUAACCCACUACAUACUACCAUUAACAGAUCAGGAGUUAAGUGUGAAAGCCAGCUUAAAAAUAACAUUCCACAGAAUUGAAAGGCUUUGGCUCUAAUCUUGUCAGCUAGGGCCUUCUUUAGAAGGUAUGUCUGUUACCUGGGUAGAACUCUGCCAUUUGUCAUUGCCCAUAAGCAGUGUUAGCUUUGAAGGGCAGACCAGGCACCAAGUAGGAAACCCCAACUAAAUAAAGUCCAAAAAGCAAAUCAUAAGACAAACUGGACACAGGACAGAUACCAACCUCUAGAGCUGCUGGGUAUUUCCUAAACUUUAUAGCAUCUGCCUUGAAUCUCUGUUACUUUGUAGGGCAACUUGGUUUUUGAUCUCUCACAGUUACCUGAGGGAAGAAGUGAUUCAUACAUUAAAUAAUCCAAAUUGCUUAAAAACCAAAAGGAAAAAAUAAAUCAGAAACACAUCUUUCAAGAAAUUGACCUGUUUUUAUGAUACUAUUCUAUAUCAUUCUGUGGUUCUUGGCAGCAAAAAAUAUCAUUGGCAAAAAUAAUAACAGACAAUUUAUAGAAGAGAGACUUCAG